CCUCCUGCUGGUGACCUGUCAUCACCGCUGAAGAAAAUAGGGAAAAAUACAGAAGUGGUGGCGCAAGACAGUUUAGCUAAAAUCCAAACAGUGCAUGUAGUCAAUGACAGCGGCUGGAAAUAAACCACCGUCACCCCUGCUCGUCCUCGUUUUCAUUCCCAUGACUUCCGUCAAACCGGGCGGCCACAUCAUCGCACUAUGUUCGAGGAUCCUGAACUCCAAGAUUCCUUUGCACUGAGUCUAAAUGAACAUUAUGAUGACCAGAAUUUAUCAUGUCAUGAUCGGAGAAAAGCGCCAACGAGUUCUGAUUACGGUUGCGAGGCACCAGGGAUUCAAGUAAUCAUCAAAGAGGAAGAGGAAGAGGAUGGCUGGACUGUGAGUGAUAAUUAUGCGAGCUACUGCUCAGGCAGGGAAACAGAGAAUACUUGGCAUCCUCACUUCAGAGCAUGUGGGACAGAAAGCAGUGAUUCAUACAGAGUAAAAGGACAACAAAGACUUAAUUUGGUGGAGAAAUGCUCAGAGGAGGCGGGCAGUUAUGCUCUCUGUGGCCCGAGCUCGUCUGCCAGAAAGGGGCAGCAAAGACACGUGCUCUUUGACUCUGAUGCCAAAUCUGAGAUGUCGUGUGCAUAUGGCACUGCCCUGAGACACGCGAGUGUGAAUGAGUGCAAUAACGCAAGAGAGGAAUCUUUCUCCUGCCCAGUGCGUGAGAUGACCUCCAGCCACAGAAGGAACAUGAGCUUCCAUCGGAGGAGACCUGCUGAUGAUGGGUGUUACGCUCCAGACCAGAGCCGGGAUGUAAAUCAAAGCACAUCUUUGACAACAGAAGCAGAACUACAUGAGACCAAAAUAUCAUCACUUUGCCAAGCAGAUUCGCCUGAGCGCAACUCUCCGGUGACACAAGAAAUCAAAAUGGCAUCUUCAAACAUGGAGGGCCAGACGCUCCGUUUGACUGUGAGGUUACAGGCAGGGGAGGCGGAGGAAGAGGAGGACGAGCAGGACGAACAGGAUGAAGAAAUUGGAGGAUUUAUCAAUUCUGACGGAGAAGUGGUUGAUUGGGAUGCCAGUCCCGACCAAGGCUCUGAUCACACAGAAAGUCCACACCAGAGCAAGGAUGUCAGCUUGUCUGAGUCUCGUCUGCAAGGCCAUAACCACAGAUUCAGCAGUAGUCCAACACUCAUCAUGGAAGUUGUGGGGGAUGAGGAUGAGAGGGAAGAAGAGGAGGGAAGAGAGAGAAUAGUAAAGAUGGCAACCAUUUCCCCUCUGAACUAUGUGUCGGCGGGAAAGAAACGCAGAAGAAAGAACAAAGUAGCAGAGAAAACAGUGGCACCACUAAAUGUCUCAGAUGCAGAGAAACAAGCUCCUGCCAAUCCUGUAAAGAGAAGAAGCAGAAGAAAGAUUACAGAGAUUCCACCGUUAUAUGCAGACCUGGAUUCAGAGCCUGAAAUGUCAAGGCGUACCAAAAGAAGGAAACAUGUCCCUGCCAUUGUAGAUUCGGAAGAAUCAAAUUCCAAAACUGUGCAACGUGUCACAGCAAAGCAGAAGAAAGGCAGAAAAAAGAAAGAAGCUAAACAAUCAGCUGAAGGAGGAGAAAAGAGUGGUGUUUCAGUCGGGAAGAAGCUCCCUGGCAGAAAGAGGCUCCGUUUUCCAGUAGAAAUCCCUCCUGAGCUCUUGAAGAAGCCCAAAGAAAAGAUAGAGUACCAAUGCUCAGUGUGUGGCAAAGAGUUUCCUCAUGCCUAUAAGCUAGAGCGGCACGAGCUGAUCCACACGGGAGAGAAACCAUACUGCUGCUCCAUCUGUGGCCGGGGUUUUAACCAGAAGGGCAAUCUCAAAACUCACUACAAAGUCCACUUUGGUCAAAAGGGUGUUGCGGACUUUGAAGAAGAGAUGAAUCCCGAUGCGUCAGAGCUCUCUGAAUACUUGAAGUCUCUGCCGGGGGAGUCCAAGAUCAGAUCAUCCCUCCAUUGCCUUGAAUGUGGAAAAGACUGUGAGAGCCAGUCUGCUUUGCAAGCACAUCACAUUACUGCACACUCACAGACUCCAGUUGAAUCGGACACCGUCGAGCACAACACGCCACAGUCUCUCCUCUGCAGCCGCUGUGGCAUUCAGUUCACCAAAAAAGAAAAGCUGGAAGAGCACAUGAAAACACACAUGAAGGAGAAGCGCUUUGCUUGUCCUGACUGUGGCAAGAAGUUCAUUAAUGAGAGCUACAUUCAAAUACACCAGCGCAUCCAUACCGGGGAGAGACCAUAUCUCUGCUCGCAGUGUGGCAGAGGCUUUCACACAUCUUCGUCUCUCAAGCUGCAUGAGAUGCAGCACUCAGAGGAACGGCCGUUUGCUUGUUCCAUCUGUGGGAAGACGUUUCGGAUGAACUCUUACUUAAUGGCACAUUACCAGACCCACAUCAUCGACAGACCUUUCAUUUGUAGCGUCUGUGGGAAAGGCUACUCUCGAAUCGAGGAACUGAAGGUGCACCACAGACUUCACACUGGGGAGAGACCCUAUGAGUGUGGAGAAUGUGGAAAGAGCUUCAUUUACCGCCAGGGUCUCCGACAGCACCAGCGCACACAUGCUGGAAGACGCAUGGGACCAACCAGGCAGCUCGGUAGACCGAAGCAACAGGCCAGGCCGGACAUCUAACAGUCGCACUUGUUAUGCAGUUUUUGUUGAUAACUGUGGAAAAUGUUACAGUAAAUUGCGCUUCUUUCUUCCUUCCUUCCUUCUUUCUUCCUCCCAUUCCACUUACCUACAGUAUAGACAGUAACAUGUCUGAAAAUAGCCGUUACAAAAUCAGUGUGAAUUGCCUAAAAAUGAUGUGGCACCUUACUGUGUUGUCUUUCCACUAUUAAUGUUAUGUAUUCUCUCAUAGCCCAUCUGUACAAUUUGAGUGCCUUUGUAUCCUGCAUGCCAAAUACUAAUACUUAAUGUUAAAAACAAUUAUGCACAAUAUCCUUGUUAUUUUAAAAUCCAUGUUGAUGGAAUACAGAUGUUUUUCAGAAAUGCA